UUCUCAGCCCAGCGUCCAGGUGUGAUGGUCAACCCGGAAAGGUGCUGCUUUAAAGUAACGCGAGAGUUCGGGUCACCUCCGAACCGCGAGACCCGCCGAGCAGAACCAUGGACGACUCUGGGAUCAUCCGAAGACGGAGGCUGCAGCAGAAGGAGCUGCCUCUGCCUCGGAAAAGUAGCAGUUGCAGAACCAGUAACAGGAAAAGCCUCAUCCUGACCAGUACAUCCCCCACCCUGCCGAGGCCUCACUCCCCCCUGCCUGGACACAUCGGAAGCAGUCCUUUGGACAGUCCCCGCAACUUCUCACCAAGCGGACCGGCUCACUUCUCCUUCGCCUCGUCUCGAAGGGCUGAUGGUCGUAGGUGGUCUUUGGCCUCGCUGCCUUCUUCAGGUUAUGGCACCACCACACCCAGUUCAACGUCGUCCAGCUCAUCUCAGGAGCGUCUGCACCAGCUGCCCUUUCAGCCAACCAUGGAUGAGUUGCACUUCCUGUCCAAGCACUUCGGCAGCACGGAGAGCAUCACAGACGAUGACGGCGGGAGGCGUUCGCCGCACGUCCGCCCUCGCUCCCGAAGCCUCAGCCCGGGGCGCUCUCCGUCCUGCUAUGACAAUGAAAUAGUAAUGAUGAACCAUGUCUACAAGGAGCGCUUCCCCAAGGCUACAGCUCAGAUGGAGGAGCGGCUGGCAGAGUUCAUCCAGAACUACUCCCCAGAGAUGGUUCUACCGCUGGCCGAUGGGGUCCUCAGCUUCAUCCACCAUCAGGUUGCUGAGUUCUCCAGAGACUGCCUGGCCAAAUCACAGGAGGGGCUCAUUACCAGCGUUUACUUCCGGGAGCUGCAGGAGAACAUGGAGAAGAUGCUGCAUGACGCAUACGAGCGCUCAGAGAGUUCUGAGCUCACCUUCGUCACAGAGCUCGUCAAAAAGCUCUUCUUCAUCAUUUCUCGUCCUGCCAGACUACUGGAGUGUCUGGAGUUCAACCCAGAGGAGUUCUACCACCUGCUGGAGGCUGCCGAGGACCACGCCAAGGAGGGGCAGCUGAUGAAAGCAGACAUCCCUCGAUACAUCAUCAGUCAGCUGGGGCUGACCAGAGACCCACUGGAAGAAAUCGUCAGCCUGGACAGCUACGACAGCGAGGGUCCGCCCACUCCGGAGACGGACGACUCCACAGAGGGUAAAGGCAGGUCCAUGAAGCCCCCCAGUGAAGAAGACUUUCAGACCAUAAAGCUGAUCAGUAACGGAGCCUACGGAGGUCACGACCUCAGCGUCACGCUCAACCUGACCAAGUGUUUUGUACAAAUUAUAAAACGGGCGAAUGACUUCUGCGGCGACUGCGCCACUCUGUUGAAGAAUAUCGGGGCUGUGCCGGUCGAGCUGGCCUCCAUGUACUUUGCUGAAACAGUUUUGGCUCUGGAGUAUCUGCACAACUUCGGCAUCGUGCACAGAGACCUCAAACCUGAGAAUCUCCUGAUCACCUCCAUGGGACACAUCAAGCUGACGGACUUCGGUCUGUCCAAGAUGGGCCUGAUGAGCCUCACCACCAACCUGUACGAAGGACACAUCGAGAAGGACGCCCGAGAGUUUCUGGACAAACAGGUUUGUGGGACUCCUGAGUACAUCGCUCCGGAGGUGAUCCUCCGUCAGGGCUACGGGAAACCUGUGGACUGGUGGGCGAUGGGCAUCAUCCUCUACGAGUUCCUGGUGGGCUGCGUGCCUUUCUUUGGAGACACUCCUGAGGAGCUGUUUGGACAGGUCAUCACAGAUGAUAUCGUUUGGCCCGACGGCGACGAGGCGCUGCCUGCAGACGCUCAGGCGCUCAUCUCUGCUCUGCUGCAGACCAACCCGCUCGUAAGGCUCGGCACAGGCGGAGCGUUUGAGGUGAAGCAGCACGCCUUCUUCACCGGCCUGGACUGGAACAGCUUGCUGAGGCAGAAAGCCGAGUUCGUUCCUCACCUGGAGUCCGAGGAGGACACCAGCUACUUCGACACUCGCUCAGACCGUUAUCACCACAUCAACACAUACGACGAGGACGACACCAACGAUGACGAGCCCGUGGAGAUCAGACAGUUCUCCUCUUGCUCUCCUCGCUUCAGUAAGGUCUACAGCAGCAUGGAGCAGCUUUGUCAGCUGGAGCAGAAAGCUCCAAACUCCGUGUCCCGUCGGGAGCACAAGGGCCCACGGGAGGACAAGGUGCCCAAGAGAGAGAGCCUGGGCAGCUUCAGCGUGAGAGACAAGAGCUGGAGGACUGGAUCUCCUGAGAUUAAGAAGCGCAGCUCCUUGUUUCGUAAGAUCACCAAACAGUCCAACCUCCUGCACACCAGCCGCAGUCUGUCGUCCUUGAACCGCUCUCUGUCGUCCAGCGAGAGUCUUCCUGGCUCGCCGACACACAGCCUGUCCGCCCGGUCCCCGCCUCAGGGCUACCGCUCCACCCCUGAGCCCUCACACCUCGGUGCGUCGUCCCAGAGCAGCUCUCCGACCUCCAGCACUCCCAACUCCCCCUCCCCCUCUCAGCACAUGAGGCCCAGCUCUCUGCACGGUCUGUCCCCAAAGCUCCACCGCCAGUAUCGCUCUGCUCGCUGUAAGUCUGCAGGUAACAUCCCGCUGUCCCCCCUGGCCCACACUCCUUCCCCGACCCAGUCUUCCCCUCCACCCUUGCCAGGCCACACCAUAGGAAGCUCCAACACCACCCAGUCCUUCCCAGCCAAGCUCCAUUCCUCACCGCCGGUGGUCCGUCCCCGGCCGAAGAGCGCCGAGCCCCCGCGGUCACCUCUCCUCAAGCGGGUGCAGUCAGCAGAGAAGCUAGGCUCACCUCUGACCCAGUCCAGUUCUACGGGAGGGCUUGGAGGCCCGCUCAGGAAGCACAGCCUGGAGGUGCAGCACUCGGAGUACCGCAAAGACGCCUUCCUCUGUGAACUCGGCCUCCAGAGCCUGUUGGAGACAGAUGGAGAAAAUCUGCCUCCUAAUCCGCCCCCCUUGCCCUCAUCCUCCAUAACCCCAGAGAGCGGCGUGCUGAAGCCUGCGAGGAGACUCGGGAGGCAGGAGUCGCCCCUCAGCAGGGAGGCUCUGCUGGCUGGGAGGGAGAGGGAGGAGCGGGAGAGGGGACGAGACCGGGAGAAGGAAAUCCGAGUCCCAGGACCACAGACCACCACAGCAAGAAAACCUCACGCAGGUGAUUUUAACUCACACACGUCCACACACCGUGACGAAACCACCAAAGUCCCGAGUGGACCAGAGAGGCUCUACCAGAGUCAGGCAGCAUCACCUCACACAGAACCAGGGUCCAAAAACACAUCAUCCAACAGCAGAACUGUCCAGGAGAAGCAGCAGGGGGGUAAACCUGAACCAAGACAGGAGGGGGACACCAAGAGCCGGUGCUGUUUACCACCUGCUGCCUCCAACAGAACCUCCGCUGCUGCAGGAAAAUGCACCGACCCCGCGGUGCCAGGAGCUCCUCUGAGCUCCAACAGAGCUUUCAAUAAACCUUCAGGUGCAGGAAACAGUCUGAGGAAGGUCGACUGCAGCGAAUCCAGGUCUCCAGACCUCGGCUCCAAAAGCCCCAAUCCCCCAGCUCGGCUCCUGGCUCCGGUGGUCCCCCCAGCUCGGGUCCUGGCUCCGGUGGUCCCCCCACAUGGGACGCCGCUCUCGUUGGGUAAAGUGAGGCAGGGCCUGGGCUCGGUCAACUGUUACCGAGGAACCCUGGACUGGGAGGACAAAUGUCGCCUGGAGGUGGUGGAGGAGCACUCCCCCUCUCCCUCCCCAUCGCCAACAGCAGUCACCCCCUCUCUCUGCGGACCCUCCCUGUGUAAGUCGCGGCCCGUUUCGCCCGGUGACAAGACGAGCUUUGUCAGCCAGCUGACCACAGUGGCCAAGAACGUCCUCGGCCCGAUCAAGCUGGGCUCCCAGGACGGAGCCAGGAGCAAAGAGCUGCAGAGUAAAGCCUCCGAGGAGAAGCAGGGGAGCACCUCAGGGAAGUGUGAUUCUGCAGCUGGGGCCCGGGUGGCUGCGGGGGCCACGGUGGUGAGCCAGAGUCCUGCUAGCACCCCCCUGGAGAAAGCUGCAGCUGGAAGCAGCCUUCCAAAAAUGUGACCCCAUGGGUCUUUUAACCACAAAAUAAUCUUUCUGUUGCUUGGAAGGACAAGAAAACAGAAGACAAGCACUUAAC